AUGAAGCGCAGUGCUGUGGCGCGCCCAGACACAUCGCCAGAGGCCAAGCGUCCCGCUGUUGCCACCACACUGGGCCUAGCGGUCCGCUGCGCCAUCAAUGAUGCGGCGCUCGCAGCUGUGGCUGCGCUGCGCGGCGCUGACUCCACACUAGGCGCGCCGCCGUCGCCCGAUGACGCGGCGGCAGUGGUGCCGCUGCUCCUGCAUGCGGCCGUGUCGGGCCCAGCAGAGACCGCUGCCCUUGCGGCUGGCGCCUUGGCCGACCUGCUCUCGCAGGAGCCGUGUCGCAAAGUGCUCGCCGGCGCCCCCAGGCGGCUGCCCGUGCUCGCGGCCGUAAUGCGGGCAGCGCCGGCUGCCCCGCACGCCCCCCAAAUGCUCUUGGACGAGCUGCAAACCUCAUAUUGGGCCCCAAGCUGCAUGGCAAGGGCCGAAGGUUUGCUGGACGCCCUGAUCUGGGUGGUGGCGCAGGGAGGCUCCCCCCAUGCAGUGGACGCUUUGAGCCUCCUGUGCAGCAACGUACAAGCCGAUCCCGCUUCGGUGGACGUCGGUGUGGCAGUCCCGGCGCUCAUCACAGUGCUGGGCGCGACAGCCGCGCGCCCAGCCGCAGCUUCUGUCCUAAGGUGGCUGACUCAGCACCCCAGCGCCCCGCGCCUUAUUGCCGAGGCAGACGGCGCCCUCGCCGCGCUGCUGCGCGCCGGCACAGCCCUCACUCCACCCAGCGUCGAUGCGCUCAAGGCGAUUGCGGCCGUUGCAAAGAGCGCUCCCGACUUGGCGGGCGCUGUCGCAUCUGCCCGCGGCGUCCUGCCGGCUUUGGCAUACGCGGCCACCAGAGAGGCUGGGGACGAAGCCAUCCGGCUCGCGGCCAGAGAGGCGCUGCUCGCCUGCGCCACUGGUGCAGGCGGCGCCGUGGUGACUGCGCUCGUACCGCCCCUGGGGUUGCAGGAUGCCGCCGUGCGCGCCCACACGCUGGAGCUAUUGACGGAGUAUCCGCUAUCGCUGCCGCGUGCGGCCGUCGAGGCGCUCGAGGCGGCGGCCCUCGAGGCCGCCGUGCUGCGGGCCGAGGUGAAAGAACUGCGGGCGCUGCCGGUCAGCACGCGCGCGGCGAUUGUGGAGCUGGCAGGGGCGAUGCGCGCCGGGAUGAUGGCCGGGACUGCAUCCAGAUAG